UGGACUAACGGUCUCUUCGGGCAGCACUGCCCGUAAUAUUAUACACACAUCAUUUUGUCUAUAAAUUUUUGCUUUUUUCUUUCUUUCAACAAUUUGUUUGUGAAUUGUGCUAUUUUUUCUCUCAAAAAAUAGUUUAAUUUCUUUAAAUUUUGCAACAAUGGAGGCAAUGAAGAUGAAUGUUUUGUUGGUGGUUGUGAUGAUUGUGUUGGUAGCCUUGUCUGAAAUUCAAAAUGUAGUUGCAGCGGAUGCGCCUGCUCCUGCUCCAGCCUCGGAUGCUACCCUAUUCAUUCCUACCGUUUUUGCCUCUCUUGUAGCUCUUGCAUUUGGAAUUCUCUUCUGAUUGAGCUAGCUUGUAUGGACGUCGACUA